AUGGAUCGGAACCCUCCGUUGAAUGACCCGCGGGGAGGGUUCCCGGAUGCCUCCGGGACUUCCGAUUCGAUGGUCAUGAGGAAGUGCCCACAAGAGAGACAGACCACGGUUCUCAGAUCUAUCCUCCUCACUCACUUGUCCGAUAUGGCAUCUUCGACAAAAAAGGAGGCCGUGUGCCUUCCCUCCUACAGCACUAUUGCUUGCAUUGGAACAGGGUUAUCAGGAAUUGGCCUGGGUGCUCAACUCAAGCGCUGGUAUGAUGUCGACGACAUCACUUAUUUUGAGCGAAGCCCAGAAGCCGGCGGGACAUGGUGGAUCAAUACAUAUCCAGGCUGUGCCUGCGAUGUACCCAGUGCACUCUACAGCUUCUCCUUUGAACAAAAUCCAAAUUGGACGAAACUCAUGCCAUCUAGCAAGGAAAUUCAAGCAUACGCCAUGGGCGUUGCGGAGAAGUACAAUCUGCCGUCAAAGAUGAGAUUUAACUGUGACGUUGAACGAUGUGACUGGCUCGAAGGAGGUUCUCGGUGGCUGUUGCAAAUACGUGAUAAGCUGACCGGGGAGCUUUUCUUACACGAAUGUCAGAUCCUUUUCAGUGCAGCUGGGCAAUUAGUUCAGCCCAGGGAGUUAGACAUACCAGGUCUUGAAUCCUUUAAGGGAGAAGUUUUCCAUUCUGCCAGAUGGAACCACUCGGUCGAUCUAAAAGGCAAGGAUGUAGUGGUUAUCGGAAACGGUUGUACUGCAGCGCAAAUCGUCCCGGCCUUAGUACCACAGGUCAAAAGCCUGACGCAGAUUAUCCGCACCAAGCACUGGAUAUUCGAAGCAACCAAUUUUAAAAGCACCCCGUUCACGAGAUGGUGUUUGAGAAACGUUCCGGGAGCGAUGUCUCUCCAAAGAUUUCUUAUUUUUACCAUCGCCGAGUCUGACUUCCCCCUUUUCUAUAUGAACACAAUAGGAGCCCUAGCACGGGCUCGUAAACGCCGCAUUGUCGAGAAGUUCAUGAGAGAGAAGGCACCCGAGAAAUACCACGACCUCCUGAUCCCAGACUUUGAUGUAGCUUGCAAGCGGCGAAUUUUCAAUGAUGGCUACCUUGAAAGCCUACACUCCUCGAAUUUCAACCUCACGGACCAAAAAGUACUCUCAAUUGUACCCGAAGGCUUACAGACACAGAGCGGCAUCAUCAAGGCCGACGUAAUUGUGCUUGCUAAUGGCUUCAAAACAAACGAGUUUCUCGAUCCCCUCCAAGUACAUGGCUGCGAUGGCGUCUCUCUCACCCAGCACUGGGCGAACUUCGGCGGCCCCUCUGCCUAUAACUGCAGUGUCAUGAGCGGCUUUCCGAAUUUCUUUCUUCUCUUGGGCCCCAAUGCUGCUACUGGGCACACGUCCGCCUUGAUGGCUUCUGAGAACAUGAUCAAUUACGCCUUGAGGAUUUUGUCCCCUGUCCUUCGUGGUAAGGCUGCAAGCAUGGAGGUUCGUUACGAGGCGGAAAAGAAACAUAUAUACCACAUGCAAAAUGAGCUUAAAAGGAGAGUGUGGUCUGCAGGAUGCAAGUCGUGGUACAUCAAAGAAAAUCAAUGGAACUCAAUGUCAUAUCCAUGGAGUCAAGCAUAUUUUUGGUACCGCAGUCUCGUUCCUUCGUGGGGCGACUGGAUUGUUAAGUCGACCAGCACGAAUUUCUCAUUCUUUACUGCUAGCAUUUCUGUUAUUGGGAUUUGCUUUUAUUUGUCGAGAGCGUGGGGCAAACCUUGGCUGGUUACAAGACAAGUUCACGUUCUUGCUUAAAACUAGCAAAAUGAGCUGUACACUAAAGUCGUUGCACUUGUAAGGAAAUUUCUUGGGUUGUUAUCGUAAUUGGUUCUCGAGGAUAUUUCAUAGUUAUGAUAGGGGUUAGCAAUGUAUUUAUAU